AUGGCUUCCGCAGACACCAACCCUCCUGACUUAGGGUAUGAGCAGGGCAACCUGCGGCAUGUGGUCAUUACAGCGACAUGUUUUGCCUUCCUUCUGUCAACUGUUUCGGUUGCGCUUCGGUUGUGGGCGAGAAAGAUCACCAAUACGGGCUUGUUCCUCGAUGACUAUCUCAUUCUAGCUUCUUUGUUCUUUCUAUAUGGCAUUUCAAUUGCGGGUAUCGUCCUCCUGUACAGCGGCCUAGGAACACAUAUGAUCUAUGUCCCUCCGGACCAGCUCGUGGUCUACCUGAAGACCCUCUCAUCCGGCGCCUUCCUCUACCCAGCCUGCAUCACCUGCGUGAAACUCUCCAUGCUAGCCCUCUACAAACGUAUCUUCUCGCGCGGCCCCAUGGUCGCAUUAGCAAAUGCAGUAGCCGCCGUUGUCUUCCUCUGGGGCUAUGGGGUCUGCUUGAUCGCCGCGUUUACAUGCAUUCCGUUCCGGAAGAUGUGGGAUCCCACUGUUCCCGGGGGAUGUAUAAACCUGGCUCAGUUCUACUAUGGGCUGCAAAUACCUAAUAUUGUCACUGACGCUGUUAUUAUCGCGAUGCCGAUGAAAAUGGUGGCGAAUUUGCAUAUCUCAAAGACACGGAAGACGGUGCUGUCUGGUAUUUUCGCGCUGGGGAUUUUGACUCUUAUCUUCGACAUAAUCCGUCUUGUCACCCUGAUUGAACUCUCCAAAGCUGGAGAUGACAUUACCUAUAACCAAGUGCCAUCUAGCGUCUGGACAUGCAUCGAGCCCGCCAUUGGUAUCACGGCCUCCUGUCUGAUUAAUAUGCGUCCGCUGGUGACGCAUUAUAUUUCCGAGAAAGCGUGGUGGCCCAGACUUCAACCCAAGCUCUUAUCAUCGUCGUGGAAUAGUAUUGAUAAAUGA